UGGGCCGUGCAGCUUACAGUAGGGAAGUACAGGCACUUCCUUCUUCCUACCACACUGGUUGCACUCAAACCAGUAAGUCUUAUAGGAAGUCGGAUAAUCGUGGCGAUGGGGAUCCAGCAGCCUGCCAGGGACUGUUUCAACUGACUUCUCUGCGCUUCUUUCCACGGCCAAUGUCCCCGAGUGUAACCAGUAUAACCAGACAGCUGUAGUGCGUAAAAGUGGUCGGAGCGCAGCCCUGUUUCUGCCACAAUGGCUGCGACGUAGCGCAACUUUUGGAUCCGCGGUGGAUGAACGACAGAGCUGAGGUGCAGCUAACUUUUACACACUUGCAGGAGACGCAGAGGAGGGCAGAAAACACAACAACAUGAAGAAACAGUUUAAUCGCAUGAGGCAACUUGCCAACCAGACUGUAGGAAGGGCUGAGAAAACUGAGGUGCUGAGUGAUGACCUCCUACAGAUCGAGAGGCGGUUGGAGCUGGUGCGAAUGGUGUCGCACAACACGCACAAGAGGCUGGUGUCCUGUCUGCAGGGUCAACUGGGCACAGACACAGAGAAGAGACAUAAAAAGCUGCCCCUUACAAUGCUGUCCCAGGCCAUGCAGGAGGGAGGCAGUCAGCUGGGAGACGAGGGUCUGAUCGGCAAGAUGAUGGAGGUGUGUGGGGAGGCAGAGAGCAGGUUAGCGACUGAACUGAUGCAGCAUGAAGUUCAGCUCGAGAGAGACAUCCUGGAUCCUCUCAACCAGCUGGCAGAGGUUGACAUUCCCAAUAUACUAAAGCAGAGAAAACAACUCGCUAAGCUGGUUCUGGACUAUGACUCGGCCAAGACGAGGUGGUACCAGGCAACAAAGUCCAACAACCAGGCCAUGGCAGCUAAGGCCGAUUCUCUCAAAGACGAGAUGGACGAGGCUCUCAACAAAGUAGAAAUAUGCAAGGACCAGCUCUCUGCAGACUUGUACAACUUUGCUUCCAAAGAGGGAGAUUAUGCACGCUAUUAUGUCAUGUUAUUAGAGGCCCAGGCAGACUAUCACAGGAGGUCUCUGGCAGCUCUGGAGGCAGCUAUACCAAAUAUCCAAAUACAGCAAGACACAUGGAUGGAGAAGCCGGCGUUCGGCACGGCUCUGGAGGAGCACCUGAAGAGGAGUAACCGAGAGAUUGCUCUGCCCAUAGAGGCCUGCGUCAUGAUGCUGCUGGAGACCGGCAUGAAGGAGGAGGGUCUCUUCAGAAUAGCUGCAGGAGCCUCAAAACUGAAGAAGCUGAAAGCGGCGUUGGACUGCUCCACCUCGCAGCUCGAGGAGUUCUACUCUGAUCCCCACGCCGUCGCGGGAGCCCUGAAGUCCUACCUCAGGGAGCUUCCUGAACCUCUAAUGACUUUCAGCCUGUACGACGAGUGGAUACAGGCUUCCAAUGUGUCUGACCCUGAUAAGAGGCUUCAGGCUUUGUGGGUGACAUGUGACGGACUGCCAAAGACUCACAAGGCAAACUUCAGGUAUCUGGUGAAGUUUCUGGCUAAACUGGCUCAGGACAGUGAGGUUAACAAGAUGACUCCCAGCAACAUCGCCAUAGUCCUGGGGCCCAACCUGCUGUGGGCCAAGACUGAGGGGACGCUGGCAGAGAUGGCAGCAGCUACAUCUGUCCAUGUGGUCGCCAUCAUUGAGCCCAUUAUUCAGCAUGCUGAUUGGUUCUUCCCUGAAGAGGUGGACUUCAACGUGUCGGGCAUGUUUGCCAUGCCCACCCACCCCGCCACCCCAGAUCCCGAACCUGGCCUGGAAAGAAAACGCCCUGGCAGCCUGGUGGGGCAGGACGGGGACAGUCACACUCCCCGUAAAGACAGCACUGUUAACAAACAGCCGGAGCCCACUCCACGUAGAGCCAGCACUGUAAAUAGAAAGCAGCCACAGCUAACCUCACCCACCUUUCAACCCCCACUGCCCCCUCUGGAAGCCGGGGGUCCUGCCCAGCCUGAGCCCCAGCCCCAGCUUUCAUCCCCGGCUACAGAGGCUGAGCAGCCUGGCCUGAGUGGUGCUAGUAGUGGUGGUGGUGUUGGUGGUGGUCUGGGUGGUGGGGUCCAGGUAGCCACAGUGCAACCUCAGAUUGUAACCCAGCUCAGCGCAGAGGAGAGCAGCCCAGCCCGUGAGGUCACGUCCACCCCGCCUCCCCAGAGGAAUGGUUCGGUCCAUUUGUCUGUAGGAACCCCUCACUCUCAGGGCGGAUCCAGGGGGCCUAGUCCACACAUGGUUCGCAGAGGCACCAAGAAGCAGGCCCCAGCCCCGCCCAAGCAGGUCAGCCCCUUUGCCUCCCAGCCCAGUAACACCCAGACAUCCGGCUCUCAUCACCCACCCAUCACCCCCCGACGCCACCAAGGCAAAGACAGCCCAAUCCACGCCCCGAGCCACCCGCCCCCGCAGCCUCCUCAAGCCCACCAAGCCCAGGGGGAGUCGGAGCCUUCUCCCCCCAGCACUCCCACCCCGCCCGACACUCCGCCUCAUGAUGGUUCGCAGUCCAACCCGCUGUCCUACCACUCUGGAUCCCUCCCUCGCCCCUCCAGGCCUGCGCCCAGGCCACGGCCCCGACCCAGCAUGCCGCCGCCCCCACAACCUGCAGCUAAUGACAACGGUAAUGGCCUCUUUGGCUCCGCCUCCAAGAUCAUAACAGACGGAGGCCUGUCACUGAAGGGGCUCGGGCGAGCCUUCAUCCCUGAAGUGAUUGCGGACCAACAAGGGGAGAGCUCUGCUGGUCAAGAGCCCGCCGACACCCCACCCCCGCCCCCUGAACCUGAGAUCCAGACAGAGUUCACCGCUCUGUGAAGAAAAAGAGGCAUCCUCCUUCACUCAGCUGGUCCAAAUCACAGAUUUGAAUGUUAAGAAUUAAAAUAUCAGACAGGUAACUCAAAUGCAUCAGUUCACUCCAGCUCUUCGCGCUCCACUCACAUGAUGCUCAGACUGCUUCUGGGGACAAAAAAAAAAUGGCUGCCUUUUGUUCUGUUUUGCUGAGACUAAAACCAGAAACCUCAAAACUCCUGUCCAGCUAUUAGACAUCAUAUCAAACUCCCUUUGUUCUAUAUACUGCUGGGUAUGUUAAGAAUGGACUGCAGAGCGUAAAUGUAUAAACAUAACCUGAACACAUAAGAGCUGAACUCAAAGGGUGCUAAGCUUUCACUCGUCUCCCUGUUUUUUAUAAAUCCUAUCGAUACUAAAAGUUCAAUGCUGAAUGUUUUCGGAGACGGGAAUCUGUGAAUCUGCUUUUAGCACCACAAAGACUCGACAUCUAGUAUUUUUUUUAUUCAGCAGAGUUGUGUGGAGAUAUUUGAGUGUUAACCCACCACUGAUGAUCUAUUUAUCAUUUUCCAAUUUGUCCGUUUCAGCUGCCUAAAUGCGACACUCAGCUUAGAAGGGCUUUACAAUUAUUGCCACACACUUCACGAUACAUACCAGUGUAAAGGACCAAAGAAAUGGAUAUGGGCCAAAGGAAAUUUUAUGAAAAUUUAGAGCUGCUCUGCUUUAUCGUGGUUGUUAAUGACCAAAUAUUUUGUGCAAUAUAACAUGCAGUUGUCUUCCAGUGGCGUCCUCUCCACAGCCCAUAAUUUUCCAGAUAGUUUUCCUUCUAGUAAACAAGUAAGGUAGAAUUUUAUUUUGUUUGCCAUCUGAAUUUUAUUUGAUUUCAACAGACUUGAUUUACCAAAGCUCAAAGAUUAGCUUUCAACAUUAAAAGGGAUUUUUCUAAUAGAUUGAUUGUGAUAAAUGUGUUUUCAAUACAAAGCUUGUAACCGAUCACUCCCACUCAAAGCUCUGACCAAAUACAGCCAAAUUCUUCUUUGUGUAUAAUUUUUUACUACGGCUGACAAUCUUUACCUUGUUGGGGUGUUUUUCAGCUCUUUGAUUGUUUUUUUUUUUUUUUUUUUUUUAAUUUCUUCUCAGCAUUUUUAUGUUGGCUUUUCUGCACAUAAUGCAUCAUACAAAGCAUCA